CUCCCUGCGGCUGGAAUCCGCGUCUCUACUCCUUCAAGCAUCCAACUCUUUAUGAAGACCAUCCGCUGUGGGGAACCUGGGAAAUUAAAGGAUUAGAUAAACCACAGAGUCCGCCGGUAUGUUGACUGUGACACGCAACAGGUCCAUCUGCGCAAGCGCGCCAGCACGUCCCCUCCUUCUACCUGAGAGCAGCGCACCUGGAUCCAACGAGACGGAAGUUUUGUGAGGGCACAGCGCAGAAAAUCUUUUUUGUCUCCGCGAAAAAAGUGUAUGUGGAGUUCAAGAAACAAAUAGUGGAUCUCUACUCGAAGCAGGAUGCCAUUGUUUGACAUUUUUAAGAGCGAUUUAAAGGACUUUUCUAACCGAAAUCUGUUCAGCGACUCAUGCUGAAUUUCAGUCCAAAGCCAGCCUGCUCUCCACUCAAGAAGAAUGACAGCUCUCCGCAGAGUGCUCCGAAGGCGAUUGCACCCAGUUAAACUGGUGAUAGUGGCCCUUGUCUUUGUGACAUUUGUGUUCUUCAUACAAUGGGAAGUUGGGAGCCCAAGCCAGCAGGAGGACCCUUGGCUGAGGGAGAUGGCAGUAAAAAGGGACGCCAUGCUGGGCAUGGUGAUGGGAGCUGUCAAUAACUUCAGGGAUGUGAUUCCAAAGAUGCAGAUCAGGGCCCCUGUGCGUCAGGGGCCGGACAGGGCAGGCAGCGUGUCCUGUCUGCCGGGUCAUUACACUGCUGCAGAGCUCAGGCCGGCUCUGGAGAGGCCACCUCAGAACCUUCUUGCUCCUGGAGCAGCUGGGAAACCUUACAACACAGACUCACUGAGCCCUGAGGAGCAGAAGGAGAAGGAGAGGGGUGAAGAGAAACACUGCUUCAACCUGUACGCCAGUGACCGCAUCUCCUUGAGCAGAGACCUGGGUGCAGACACAAGACCACCAGAAUGUAUUGAGCAAACCUUCCAACGGUGCCCCUCCUUACCGACCACCAGUGUGAUAAUUGUGUUUCACAAUGAGGCUUGGAGCACCCUGCUGAGGACGGUGUACAGUGUCCUCCACACCUCCCCUGCCAUCCUCCUGAAGGAGAUCAUCCUGGUGGAUGAUGCCAGCGUGGACGAUGUGUUGAAGGACGAGCUGGAUGAGUAUUUAAAGCGGCUGAGCAUUGUUCGAGUUGUCCGCCAGCGCGAAAGGAAAGGACUCAUAACCGCACGGCUGCUUGGUGCAUCUGUUGCCACCGGUGACACUCUCACCUUUCUGGACGCCCACUGUGAAUGCUUUAACGGAUGGCUGGAGCCUCUGCUGGCCAGGAUUGCAGAGAAUAACACUAUUGUAGUGAGCCCUGAUAUAACUACUAUUGAUCUCAAUACCUUUGAGUUCAUGAAACCGUCCCCUUAUGGCCAGAACCACAACCGGGGAAACUUUGACUGGAGCCUUUCCUUCGGCUGGGAGAGUCUACCAGAUUACGAGAAGCAAAGGAGGAAGGAUGAAACGUACCCUAUCAAGACUCCCACAUUUGCUGGUGGGCUCUUCUCCAUCUCAAAAGAAUAUUUCUACCAUAUUGGAAGCUAUGAUGAAGAAAUGGAAAUCUGGGGCGGAGAGAAUAUUGAAAUGUCAUUUAGGGUGUGGCAGUGUGGCGGGCAGCUGGAGAUCAUCCCUUGCUCCAUUGUUGGUCAUGUUUUCCGCACCAAGAGCCCCCACACCUUUCCCAAGGGCACACAAGUGAUCGCUCGUAACCAGGUUCGGCUGGCAGAGGUCUGGAUGGAUGACUACAAGGAGAUCUUUUACCGCCGUAACCAGCAAGCUGCGCAGAUGGCUAAAGAUAGGGCCUUUGGAGAGAUCUCCAAACGCUUGGACCUCCGUGCGCGGCUGCAGUGCAAGAGCUUCUCGUGGUAUUUGAAGAACGUUUAUCCAGAAGCCUUCAUCCCUGAUCUCAACCCACUCCACUUUGGCUCAGUGAAAAAUGUCGGCAAAGACUCAUGUCUGGAUGUUGGGGAGAACAAUGAGGGAGGGAAACAGCUGAUCAUGUACCCAUGUCACGGACUCGGAGGAAACCAGUACUUUGAGUUCUCCACACAUGGCGAGAUUAGACACAAUAUUCAGAAGGAGCUGUGUUUGCACGGGGCAGAGGGGACUUUGAAGCUGGAGGACUGCCAGUAUAAAGGCGGGAAGACAUUUACAGGAGUGGAGCAAAAAUGGGAGCUGAAGGAUAACCAGUUGUUCUACAUGCCGGGAUUGGACAAGUGUCUGAGUGCCCGUCACGAGCAUCCCUCUCUGGCCAUUUGCAACCCUUUGGACAGAUACCAGCUCUGGUCCUUCGUCUGAGUCUGCAAACUUUACAAAAUAGCCACUUGUAUGCAUAGGCAUACUAGGACAUGAGUGUACUAAACUGUAUGCAGUUAACAUGCAGUGCUUUUUAGAUUAAUGACGUUGAGUUUUAAUUUAUUUUUAUACAUGGACGAACUGAACUGCUGCUGCUGGGAGGUUUGGACUUUGGGAGAAACCACAGCGUGCCACUGCUGGAAGGAAGUGUUGAAUCAAUGCUCCCAAUCAGACUGUGAACUGAGAUUCUUGGAACAGUGAAGAUGCACUGUGCCGACAAGUGCCUCCGUUGUGUUUGAGAUGUGUUCACAGCUCCAAGUCAAUGCAACCAACACAUGCAGUAUUAGGUAUGUAAAGCUAAACACUGAACAGUUUCCAAUAAGACACGUGAAUCCAAAACACACAUAAAAAUACACUCAGUGGUUUAUAUUAUAAAUAAGGGGUUCGAGCUGGACACAAAAUCCAAAAUGUUACACACCAAAGAGAUACGAAGUGAAAACAACCUGACACAUUCAAGUAUGAUAUGCAUUGUGCCCUUUUUUAAAAGAACUUUAAAAAAGAAAAAAAUUUGCUACCGUCCAGUGCCUUAGAUUUUUUACUAGGUGGGUGGGUGAAGUGGUGGAGGGAUUAGUGGUUGUGUGGGGGGUUUGAUACAGUUUUUUGUGGAUGCAGUGUAAUGGCUUUUAAAAUGUUUUAAUCAAAAGGGUCUUCAGAACAGGAUACACUUUAAUUAAAUUAUUUCCUUACAGUUUUUUCUUUUUGAGUUUUCAAACUCUAAGACCAGAAAACUUUUGCAAAACAAAGACUUUCUAAUUUCUCUACAUUCAGUGAUCAGUUUAUUAGGUCCAUCUAACAAAAACUAAUGUUGUCUAAUGCAACAACCAUGCGAUAAACUUCCCUUUCAGAAAGGUUAUAAUGUGGUUCUGUUAAAUUAUUUUGCAUCAUGUAUACUGAGGUGUUCCUGGGGUUAUGGCGAUAUGGAGAAAAACAUAUAUUACAAUAUUUUUUGAUCAAAUGCCUAAAUAGCUAUAUUGCAAGGAUAUUGUAGCAUUGACUAUUAAUAUUUUUUUUUAAUAAAUAUUCAUCAGUACUUUGGAUAUAAUGACUAAAGUUGGUAAAAGCAAAUAAUAGAAUGGCAAGAGCAGUCUGGUAAGCUUAGAAUAUUACAUCAUUUUACUGUAAUGCAGCAUUUAAAACCAGGAAAAGAAAAGACCUACAAUAUUACUUUACCCAAAAUAUUAGACUAAAUUGGGGCUUAUAUUAAUAACAAUUAAUAACAAUAUCAUAUCGAUACAUUUCCCAGCAUUAGGUGUUUCUAAUAUUAUGUCCAACCCAUUUAUAUUAAUGUUGUUGAAUAAAAGAUACACCUAUCAGUACAAUGCAAUUAAUCCCAAUGGCACCAAAAUGAUCAUAAACUUGAAUGGACACCUCUCUAAAUCAUUUCAAACUAAAUCUGAGCAUUAUAGCCCUCGUGAAGGUAAGAUGUACUACAUGACUCUUCCUUUAGACUGCAUUAGUUUUAGCCUGGUGUACCAAAUAAACCAAUAUUUAUAUAGAUGGAUAUAGAUAUCAAGCAUAAAGUAUGAUUAUUUGAACACCAGUUUAGUUCUGCAUUGUAAGAGACUGGCCCUAAACAAGAAUUACAUAAAAGUAGUUUGCUAAUCAGGGAUCAGUGAAAAUUGUGUUAUUAUUGAUGACUGAAAUACAUUUUUAUUUGACCUACAGUCAAUGCUUUACCCCAACAUUCAUGUCAAAAGUCACAACUGAUUUUUAAGAUUAAUCAUCCUCCUGUUUUUAAUUCUAGUGAUGUUUAAGUUUAUUAUUUAAAAUUUAAUGCUUUGGUGUUUAAGGGAAUUUUUAAUGUGAACUGAUGCACCGAAGGAAUUCUGUCUGAAAAUCUCCCUCUAUGUUGAAACUGGAGUCUGCUAAUGACUCUCUGGUGCAGGCACUAGUGUUAAGACAGCUGUGGAAUAUUGUACAUCACAUCAAGUUUGAGGCCAGGGUGAGGAACUGAUCGAAUGUGCGCAUUUGCCAAGAUGGAAACGGUCUAGAUUUGCCUUGGUAUUAGGAAGUCUUAUUUUUAGGUCAAUAAAUUCAGUUGGUUAGAA